AAAGGGAAAGGGUGAGUAAGGAGAGUGAUGGUGGUGGGUUUGGGAAUGCAAAAACUGAGAAGAAAGGUGUGGGAUAUGAAGUUAGUGACAAUGGUCUUUGCUGCCUUGGUUUAAAUGUUGUCACUGUUUGUAGAAACUUUCCAACCCAUGUGACCAUUUGUUUUUUUAAUCAGGUAAUUGCAAGUUCCUUUGCUUUGCUCAUUUCCUUUUUUAUAAAUCUAUUCAUGGAUGCUUGUAUAUAUAUCUAUCAAUGCACUCAUACAUUAAAUAGUAUCAUGAAACGGUCAUUACAAAAGAGAAUACCAGGGAAUGUUUAACCAAAAAGGAAAAUGAUUUUUUUUCUUUUACUUUCUUGACCAUAUUAUUUAAAGUCCAAGAUAGGAUCAGGUUUUUCCAGGUGGAGUAGCAUGGGUUGAGUAGUCUGGCCAGUGGGUUCAUGGCAUUUGGCAGAAAGAAAUCCAAGUCAGAUGGUGUUAAGCGUAAAUGGUGGUGACAGAGAUAUUUUGACAUGUUUUGAAUGGAGUCUUUUCACUCAAAAACUCCCUCAGAUUCUCAUCUCUGCAAGUGAGAAGGGUUUUUGAGAGUUGAAUAUUGCAUUGGGUAAAAAGAGGAGAAGCACCUCACAACAUUUUAGAUUUUCACAAGGGCUCUGAUUCACAUGUAUUGCUGCCAUUCACUACUUGAUUCUCUGGACUCGUCUUCUUUAUCCCAUGCCCUAUUCCCUCAUAUAUCCACUCACUAUAUAUAAUUUUGAUACUAUGAUUACUUAGGCGGACAAAUGCAUAACAGCAAUGCUUCUGAUGAUGACGACCAUGGCAACAAGGGCGAUGAACUUACGGUGUUGAUAUAUGGCUUUAGCAAUAAGAGGAUAUCAUUAACUUAUAUUUUGUUUGAAAUUAGGAGUACAAGAUAAUCUUGUAAUCGAGAAAUAGUUAUGAUUUUUAUGGGGUUGGCAUUAUGAAAAUGAGAAUCAACCAAAGAGGAUGUUGUAGUGAUAGCAUGUGGUGAGGUUUGACCACAUGAUCUCCCGCCAAACAAGGCUUUGAAACCAUAUUGAACUAUCAAUUUUCCUAAAAAUUUAAGCUCGCAGGAUUUGAGACUACAAUGUACAUCAUGCACUUCAACAUAAAUAAAUACCAUAUUGGCCUGAACUUUACUGUCUAUCAAACAUUGUCUAAAAUUAUUUGUCACCAGAUAAAUUGGAGUCUGGGAUCUAAUUCCAUACAUAUGUACUAACACCACAGAGCUAGUUGUUAUUUAUAUUGCAACUGUUGUAGUUUGUUAUGCUGAAGAUGAUGAAAAAUAAUGACAACAAGCUACAGGACAUCAGAAUCUAAACAGUCAAUGGCUUUCAGAGUUGGGAAGAGGAAGUGAUUAUCAUUUCAAUGGCCAGGUCAAACUCCAAGAAAGAGGUAGGAUCGCUGAGUGAUCAGAGGUGAAUGAAUGUGGCUGUGACGCGAGCAAGGAGACUGUUGUCUUGUUUGUGACAUGGAGACAGUGGCUAGAGAUAAGUUCUUGAAGCAAUUAAUUGAAUAGUUUGAGGAGAAUGGAGAGUGUUCAAAUGCCAAUGAAUAAAACGAUGGCCUUGGGACAAAGGCUGGCAGGGAUGGAGAAAGAAAAAGGAAAAAGGAAAAGGAAAAGGUUGAGUCAACUACUGCAACCAUCAUUAAUGGGGAAAUGGUCCCAAGUGCUCAUAGGAAAUUUUCCACUUGGAAGGGUUUUGCAUCUUGGAAAUAGCGGAAAAGACCCCAUGGUUUCAGACUGGAAAAUUGGAUUAGCCACUACAGAGAAAUUCAUGGAUCCCAGGUGGAGUAGUCUGGCCCAGUGGGCAUGGCAUUUGGCAGAAAGAUAUCCAAGUCAUAUGGCAUUAAGUGUAAGUGGUGGUGACCAAGAUCGUUUGACAUGCUUUGAAUCUCCCUCGGAUUCUCUCUUGUUUCUGCAAGAGAGAAGGGUUCUUGAGAGUUGAAUAUUGCAUUGGGAAAAAGGAGAAGCACCUCACAACAUUUUAGGUUUUCACGAGACCUCUAAUUCACAUGUUUUGCUGCCAUUCACCACUUGAUUCCCGGGACUCAUCACCUUUAUCCCAUGCUCCACUCCCUCAUGUAUCCUCUCCCUAUAUAUAAUUUGUACACACUAUUAUUACCAUGGUCUGGAAAUGCAUAAAUCCUAUCACAUGAUGCUCUUCAUACGGUAA